GCGUGGCGGUGGUGGUGGUGUCAGUCAGGUGUUGGGCGCGGCGCACGACACAUGUCACGCGUUACUUUGUCACGCUGAGCACCCGGACAGGACGCGCCGAGGACAUGUCUGACGAGUACGUGGCCCUGAGCGACGAGGACAGCGAGGAGGACGCUCACGGCUACCCGCACGCCCACAGGCAGCCCCCGGAGUUACAGGGGACAGUAUCAAAAUGGACCAACUACAUUCACGGGUGGCAGAACCGCUACAUGGUGCUGAAGGACGGCACCAUGAGCUACUACCGCAACCAGAAUGAGACCGCCUUCGGAUGCCGCGGGUCCAUCAGCGUCAGGAAGGCUAUCGUCAAGCCUCAUGAGAUUGACGAGUGCCGGUUCGACGUGUGCCUUAACGACUGCGUGUGGUACCUGCGCACCAGCACCGAGGAGGACAAGCACCAGUGGGUGGAUGCCAUACAACAGCACCGGCUGGAGUGUGAUGGUCUGCGGCGGCACGGCUCGGCCCUCUCCCUCACCUCCAACACCCUCUCCACCACCUCCGGCUCCUCCCUCAAGAAGGCCAAGGGGCUGCGGGAGAAACUAGCGGAGAUCGACACCUACCGGGACAUCCUGAUCCGGCAGAUGGACACACUGCAGUCCUACUUCGACGCAUGUGCCGAGGCCUACAAGGACCUCAAGAACGUGGAGGUCACCUGUAACGGCAUUGAACCAGAGCACGAAAGCGCAGUGGAGGCAGCACUUGCCCUGGACGGCGGGGCGGCAGCUGACUCCCCUCUCCCCCCACCCCCUGUAGCAGUAGCAGCGGCAGCGGCGGCAGCAGCUCACAGGAAGCACUCGCCGCCCCGUCACCCACACCCACACAUCACCAAGGAGACGCUGGAGAAGCACGGCGGGUAUGCGGCGGACUUCAAGGGGGAGGCGCUGACUUUCAAGGCCACCACUGCCGGCAUCCUGGCCACACUGAGUCACUGCGUGGAGGUGAUGAACCAGCGGGAGGACUCCUUCAGGCGGCGGCUGGAGCGGGAGGCAGAGAGGCGACGGCGGCUGGAGGAGAAGCUGAAGCAGGCGUUGGCGUACAGCACCCAGGAGGGCCACACCUCUGCCCCCCCAAGAGUGGUGGUCAUGGGUGGCCCGGACUAUGAGGAAGGCCCACACAGUGUCAUAGGUGAGGAUGAGUUCUAUGACGCAGUGGAGUCGGCGCUGGACAAGAUGGAUGAGGAGGAGGAGUUCCGGGAGAGGCUCAGACAGAAGCAACGUGCGGCCCCACAGCAGCCGGUCACCACACACCCUCUCUGGCCCCAGAUUGACAAGCUGACGAUGGAGCAGCUCGGGUACGCCCAGCAGGGUGUGGAGGGUGGUGUGUGGCAGCUGUUCGCCGAGGAGGGGGAGAUGAAGAUGUACCGGCGGGAGGAGGAGGAGGGUGGGCUGGUGGUGGACCCCCUCAAGGCCGUGCACCAGGUCAGGGGCGCCACGGCACAUGAAAUGGCGCACCACUUCUGGUCACCGGAUGUCAGAUUUGAAUGGGACACCAGCAUAGAACAGAUGACGGUGCUGGACAGGAUAUCCAAGGACACCCUGAUCUUCCUGCAGCUGCACAAGCGAGUCUGGCCCACCGCACAGCGCGACGCUCUCUUCUGGUCCCACAUCCGCAAGAUCCCACCCUCAGACCCUGCCAAUGGGGAUGCCCACGACACCUGGAUUGUGUGUAACCAGUCCACCGACCACCCUGAUGCGCCGAAAGACGAAAAGGUGGUGCGGGUGGACUUGACGGUUUGCUUCGUGUGCCAGACCUUCCUUGACCCACCGCCACCUGAAGGGGAGGCGCCCACCAGGGACAACCUCCUCACCAAGAUAACCUACUGCUCUGUGGUCAACCCUGGAGGAUGGGCGCCGGCGUCCGUACUAAGGGCCGUGUACAAGCGUGAAUACCCCAAGUUCCUGAAGCGGUUCACCCAGUACGUGGUGGACAAGAGUACCAGCCAACCCGUCAGCUUCUCCGGCCUGCAGAUUAAGGACCACAGCAAGCACUGGAGAGGCUGAGGCAACCUGUCUAGUGUGUGGUGGGCAUAGAGGGCAAGGACCAGAGCAGGCAGGUGGCCCAGGCUGUGAUUAGGGCAACAGUAGCUAAGCACACACUGGUGGUUCUGACUCUGGGGUCUUGGGGUGUAGCAGGUCAACUCGUACUGCCGUCAGGGGCCUCCGAAGAAUGUAGGGAUGAUUAGGAGGGACAGGAAUGUGUGCUGAGAGGUGUGAGGGUCAUGUAUAGCAGGCCAACUUAUUCUGCUAGUGAGAGCCUAAAUGUGCAGUGUAAGGGUGAUUGGAAGGGACGGAAGUGUGUAUGUGUGUGUGCGUGUGUGUGUUGUUCAGUGUAAGGAUGUGAGAGGAAGGGUGAGGAAUAAGGCCAUAGUGGUUUAAGGGAAGGGUCAGUUUACACUCUCAGUAGAGGCCUCAGAAGUGUGUGCAGGGUGAGGUAACUGCGAGGGAUGGGAGUGUCUGUGUGUGUGUGUUGUGGUGUAAGGGUGUGAGGGAGAAGGUGAAGCGACGAGUCAAGUGUUUGUGGUUUGGGAGAGUUUGUGUGUUUGUGGAGAGUGAGAUAUAUAGAGGAAUCCACGUAGCUUGUGGUGCAACGUGAAGGCAUGAGGGAAAGCAUGUGUGAUGUGCUUGAUAUGGCGUAAGGACAAAGCAGAAGAACAGGAGUGAAUGAGGUAUUGUGAUGUGAGGAUGCAAGGACAGAAGGCGACAGGAAUUGAAAUGAGUGAGACCUCAGUGAUGCAACUAUCCAAGCUGUCUCAGUGCCGCGUAAUAAUAACGGAAACAGUAGCAACCAUUAUAUUAAUAUGCUGAUUCUCAUGUGUACUCCAGCACAAAAUGUCGGAUGGCUGCCGUAAGAUCAUGUUCCGUGGCCCUGCAAUGAGUGGUGGAUGCAUGUGAGAGAGAGAAGCAGUGGAAAAGGCACAAAACAUAGGAUAAUUACUGUCAAAACUAUCCAAGGUUUGUGACUUACUGACAGUUGGAUAUCCAUGAGAAAGAGAACCUCGCCGCUUAACUAAGUAAGGUCAUUGUGCACUGGUCGCUGGUGUCUGUAAUGAAAGCAGAAGUAGGUCGUGAGAUGUUAGUCACCUCAUGAAUCACCCCUGAGAAUUGCCUUACAAUCUGGUUUAGGGGUCUUUUCUUAGGCAUAAUUGAGGAGGGCAGGGCAGGAAAGUUGUUAAAAAGAGUAAGGAAGAAAAGGAAAACCUGUUAUUGUGGCAUUGCUGGCUACUGAACUUAUUAUACUAGAAAGAGUGCUUGGAAAAUGGGGUUUGUUUAAGCAGUAUGUGUGUGUGUGUUUGUGUGCGUAUGUGUUUCCACUCACCUAUUGCUAAAGUUACGCCAGUUCUCUAUCUUGGCAUUCUAGCACAUCUCCCGGUAACUCUUACAAACCCUGCACAAGUGGGAUACGUCGACAUAAAAAAGCAAACUGGUGAUGCUUUCUUCUGUCACUGUAAAGAAAAAAAUUGGACUUUAUUAGAAGGAAGUAAGGAUGACAAAGAUGUGAGAGUGGGCAUUCCUCCUCCUUCCUCUGACCAGCCCAGGGAGAGAAGGUGUAUUUCAGGUGUGUAGGGUGUGUCUGCCAAGCUACACACAUACAGUUAAUACUCACACGAGGAAUAAGCAGAAGACCUGAGUGAGGUAUAAAAAUCAGCCGUUAUCAGUGUAGAGAACGAUCUGUUAAUCUUUAUUUUGAUGACAGUUUUUGGUUUGUACACUCAGCUCACUUUCUCUAUAAUACAAUACCACUUUUUCUUUCCUUCAUUCUUCAUUUACUUUCUGCUCUUUCCUCACUUUCCUCUCCUGUCUUCUUCCUUCUGUUUGCCUCUUUAUUUAUUUCUCUAUAAUGCAACACUUCUUCCUUCCUGCAUAAACUUUCCUGUCUUUUCUCACUUCCAUCUUCUUACCUCUCCUUCUCCCCUUUCUCCUGUUUCUCUCUUUAUUUAUCUCUCUGUAAUACAACACUUUUCUUUCCUUCAUUCAUUAAUUUUCUUGCCUUUUCUCACUUCUCUCUUCUUCCCUCUCCUUCUCCCCUUUCUCCUGUUUCCCCCUUCGUUUAUCUCUCUCUAAUACAACACUUCUUUCCUUCCUUCAGUAAUUUUCUUUUCUCACUUCCCUCUUCCCUCCUCUCCUUUCCCCUUGUUUACUUCUUUGUUUAUCAUCUUGGAGUUCUUGUUGGUAUUCCUCACAUCUUCCCCUGCUUUGUUUUCCUUGGUUUCAUUCCUUGUGUGCGUAUAAGCUGGAACGUGUGUAUAGAUCGGCAGAAAUACCCCGUCAUGUGAGGGUGUCGUGGGCGUGAAGUCGUAACCGAGGACCUGAUUUCACUGUGAUUUACCGUUCCCCCGUGAAGCAUGUCCGUAUGUACCUUUUCAAGAGGCCUUGCCCCGUCCUCUGGAAAUGGAGUUCUUAAGCUGUCGAUUUUCCUCUUAUACUUAUUUUUGAGUUAUUUUAUUCUUCCUAAUUAAAGCCUCCUCUUCUUGUGCUCUCUCCUUUCUCUUCCUUCACUGCCUUCUUCACCUGCACUUUCCCUCAUCAGGUGUAAUCUAGAAUCAAUCAUCAAGGUUUUCACUGAGAUAAAGAACCAUUGUUAAGGCUGGACUUGUGAGAAAUGUGAAGUUACCUGUAACAUCAAGAUCAAGAUUGAUAAUAAUAGCUUGGAUGUCUUGUUGGAUGUCCUUAGAAUUUCUUCCCCCCUGUUUAGCAUGAGAGUAAUAAGGGAAUUGUUUAAGAAGUCAUUUCUUAUUCAAUAUCUGAAAUUCAAGAACCUGAUUUUGGGGACAUAGUGGCUGCUUGCAUGUCUGUGGAUGUUCUUGAUUUUUAACUUCCAUAUUUCAAGUAAGUCGUUAAUGAUGGUAAUAAUGGGAGUUAAACUGUCUAUUUAACAUUCUAUAUCAAUUUUUUCUUGUAUGCAUGAACCUGUUUUAAGGGACAUAAGAUAUUUAGUAUGUUUCAUUAGGUGCCCUUUGUUGUUUUUCUAUUUCCAAGAAUGUAAUUAAAGUUUAACAAGGGUGGGGGAAGAUUGAAGUGAUUAUUCAGCUUUAAAUAUCUGGAAUUCUUUUGAUAUAUAAGAAUAUGUUUUGGGUGACUGAUAAUAUCUUGCUUGCCAUAUUAGAUCCUUUAAUUUUUUUCUAUAGUAAAGGAUGUGGUUCAGUGGUUAAUUAAUGCUUUAUGAUCUGGGACUAUAAAGAAAUGCAAGAACUAGUUUUGUGGGAUGAGUUAUAUUUGAUUGAAUACUUCAGUAGAUAUUCUUCUUUUCUAUAUUCAAGGAGUUAAUUGAUGAGGGUAAAAGGAAGGUGUUGGCUUACAGUUAUUACAGAAUAUUGAUGAUUUAUAAUAUUGUUUUUAACUUUCGGCACGUAGCACAUUCUUACGCUACAAUAGGCUGAGGUCACAAUGUUACUAAGGGUGUGGGUGUGUUGUUCAGCAUGUCUCCUUACUUUUAUCACCAUCUUCAGCUGUUACAGAUAUCUUUGCACUUCUGAGUUUACCGACUGCAAGAAGAGAGAGAGAGAUUAGUUCUGUAUGGGUUAUCUUAGUGCUGUUACUCUUAAGGUGACGAUAUUUGCACUCUUGUUAAGGCCAUGGAGAAUAUUAUGUAUUGCUUUUAGGUAAAAUUUAUGAUCUAGGCUUCUCAGAAUUAAUAAUGAUUGCUUUAGGAUCAUGAUCAUUACUUUGAAACAUUGAUCUUUGCCUUAAAGUUCUGACCACUGCUCUAUCCAUAAGUCUCAAUGCUUAAAGGCUUUGAUCAUUACUGCCAAGGUCAUGAUCGUCGCCCCAAAGUUUACACCAUGGCUGUUACUUGAUGUAAGGCGUAGCUCUCCCGUGUCGUCUUGAUUCCUGCAUCAGGUGCCUUACUCUCCAUAGCUUAUCUGGUGUACAGUCAGCAAAAAAAGUAUUGACCACCCAUGUGUCGAUUGAAUAGAAAUUGGGCAAAAUCUAUAGACAUGGUGUGCUGGUUAGGUGGGUUCCAGUAACUAGAAUCUACCCAUUGGUACCCACCUAACCAACACAACAAAAUGCCUUUAGAUUUCACCUUAUUUCUAUUCAUUUGAUCAAUGGGUGUUCGAUACUUUUUUUGCCCACUGUACAUGUCUGGUGCAUAUGUGAGUGAAUGUUCCUUAGCCUUCCUUACCUUCUGUCUGGAUUGUGUGGAGGGUUAUCAGAGGGGGGUUUCAGUACUCAUACAGGUGGUGUUUUUAGUGCAUGUGUGUGUGCGUUCUUACCUGUUUGUGUUUUAACAGCUCAUGAUGUCCUUUAUUCAAGCUCAUAACUUUCCAUAACUGUGUGUGUGUUUGUGUGUGCAUGUUUCCCACAAUUUCUGCAUCAAGUGUUUUGAGUGUGUGGUGUUUAGGGUUACAAGGGCACUCACUACUUAGCUGUGCAGUGUGUGUGUGUGUGUGUGUGUGUGUGUGUGUGUGUGUGUGUGUGUGCAUGAUCCCCAUAUUCUGGGUUUCAAACACUUCCCCAGCACCUGUUUUUUGCAAUUAAGGGCACAACUAAUCAUCCACGGCAUUUUUUUUUUAGAGAUAAAUUACAUUCUUGCAUGUGAUUUAUGUUUCUGCUAUGUUGCUCAUUUGCACGUCUUGGUAUGGAGGGUGGCAGGUGGGUUUUCCGUAGCCUGGUGUGGGGCAUUAUUUGACAAGGGUUUAUGUUCCUGGUUGUUUCAGUAUCAUAAGGUUUCUCUCACCGUGUAUGAAAGCAGAAGCAUGGCGAGCUCCUAAACUAUGAAUACCAUGACAAGUAUCGCUAAGAAGCUCUGAAUAGCAUUAUUUUGUAUACUUGGAACACCACUACUUAUUUUUUAUUUAAUUAUUAAGUCUAUUUUAUAAAAGGCUCCAGGCACUUUGCUUCACUUCAUCUGAAUUGUUUCCUAACUUCUCCUAGCUGGAAUUGGCUGUGGAUGUCUGUACACUUGGCAGGGUUUGAAUGCUUAGCGUCAUCUGGAAUUCACCAUGAUCCCCACUUUCAUAACUUUACACCCAAUCUCUAAUCUGCUUGUCUACUCCCAACCCUCUCAAUACUAACACAACAUUGCUCCUCCUCUCAUACAAUUUACCCUAUUACAGCCUUAUGAUUUUACACAACAUGGUCUUUAUUGCUUAGCUUAAUUAAAUUCAUCAUCUCACAUUCAUUUUCAACACUGAAGAGGAUGGUAGAGUGUCCAAAGUCAAGGUAGCAAAGGUUAGUCAGAGGGGGGCGAGGGAAUCAGAAGAGAUGUUUAUCCUGGUGUAGCGUUUUCAGAGGUUCGAUAAAAAGAGGUGAAUUUAUUGUCCCUCAUGAAUGCCAUAUGGGAAUGUGACCAGUAGGUGAUGCUGUUCCUUGUUCUGAUCCUCCCAAGAAACCUAGUCAGUCUUCUUGUGUCUCCAGCACGUGUGACCCUAGUCGGUGCAGCGCCAAGGUACAUCUUUCAGUCAUUCCUUCAUUCUGUCUCCAGUUCAUUGGAUGGUUCACUGAAGGGCUUUCAUUCCCAUUGUGCUGUUCUAACUCUAUCUUAGCCAAGUUAUCUCAUUCUGUCAAGUGUUAUGGUAGAUUUUGUUCUUGUUGUAGUUUGUGUUUUCAAUUCUUUUUGCUCUUCUGCAGCGCCAAAUGAUGAAGGAUGUUUCUUCGCCCUCAAGAAUUACUCAACUCAUUCAUCCUAGUGUUUUCAGAGUUUUUGUUCUCUUAAAUAGUCUGUCUUGGUUUUCUUUUUCUUCUUGGUGUUUUGCUUAAAGUUGUUGUUCUUUCUGUUCUUUUGGUUACCGUGUUUGUGCGUAUGCCUCCUUACAGUCUUCUCAGCUCUCAGUGUUUUGUUAGAAUGGAAGUUGUGUUUUGUCAUUCUUUGCAAUGUUGUAAUUUCAGUUCGUGUAUUUUGAAAGUUGCCCCGUAGUUCAUGUAUUUUACUCUUAUUUCUCCAAGGUCUUUCGUCAUUUCAGUUUGUGUAUUUUGAAAGUUGCCCCGUAGUUCAUGUGUUUUACUUAUUUCUCCAAGGCCUUUCAUCUUCCUCUAAACAUUUGAUGCAGGACCUUAGUGUCUCGGUGUCCUGUCAGCCCCCCUCCUUCCUUCCAUGUGUGUGUGUCUGUGUGUGCGUGUGUGCGUCCGCCAGUGUCUGCCUGAAUAAGUGUGUAAGACAUGAGCAAGGCUUUAGCUGACUCAUAUCUUGGGAGUUUAAUGUUUUGAAAAGUAACACUGCUUUAUUGUGACAGUGUCUGAAAAAAAUAAUAGCCUUAAUUGGGUAAACUUAGUCACUGGAUUAAAUUCAAACUACUGAUGCAUUUUUUGGGGAGGGAAAUAUGUCUCAUCACAUCAGGUUAUUGAUUUUACAUGCCAAAGAAUCCAAAAUGUGAGGACUUUACAGGAUCAUGAAUAGUGUGCCUCAGUGUGUUGUCCAUGUCUGUCUGUUGAGAUGAAGCAGCUUGGAGGUACAGGACAGGCAAAGGGAAGAGAGAGAGAGAGAGAGAGAGAGAGAGAGAGAGAGAGAGAGAGAGAGAGCACACGCAAUUACUGUUUUUGGUUUUAGGGUACAGUUGAGAGAGAGAGAGAGAGAGGAUAAGAGUGAGUGAGUGCAUCAUUUUGGGUCUUACAGUAUAGUAGUGUUGCUGUAUCUUGCGACUUUGCUUUUCAUAAACUUCUCAAAUUUACUAUUUUUGUACAGUGCAUAGUUAAAUCAGUUAUCAGCUUUCCACUCCAUCAUACAACGUGGGAAGCCGUAUAGCGUAGUACUGCCUGUAGUGGUGUAUUUAUGUAUCAUGGAGUCUCUCAAGCUUGAAAUAUUAGUAUGACAUGUUCAGAAUUCACCAAAGAUCAGUGGCCACCCUCUUGAUUUCCAGGGUUUGAAUAGAUUGUUUGGCAUGGCUCAGUGACAGCGGGUGGCAUGGCAUGGCAGGACACGGUUGGUUCUCCAUCUCACUCACAGCUUGGGUAUCUAUGCAUAGGCUUGGUGUGCAUGGGGAUGAGGAGACACAGGCCGAGAGCAGCACAUACCCGGCUCUGAGGGUUGUGGUCCUAGUCAAAUGCAACUAUCAUCUCAGGUUUGUUUAUAUAUGUAGCCUCUAUCUUCCAUUUUGUGGUACUCAAGUCCUGUUGGCUGUAGAUAAGAGAUAUAUAUAUGAUGUCAGUUGAUAUGUGAGAAUUAGUAAUUAUCUAGAUAGAGAAGACAUCCUGUUGUAUUUAAUCUCAUUGUAAAUUCUACGUGUUGUUGAAUGAUGCAGGCAGAUUAACUCUCGUGUUUGGUAUUACUGUGUUCACUUCGCCACACUUUGGUCCAGUACAAGCCUGUCCUCUGUAGCAUGUAAGCAGUGAGUGUGUUAGUGGUGACUGUGUAAAUAGUCAUCCAUCAGUUACUACCGUGUUAAGAUCUUUUAAGCUAAUCAUGAAACACAUAUGCCCCGAAGAAAUGAACUUGCCAUUUGUUGAUUUUGAUGGACUCGUUACGUGUUACGAACUUGCGACAGACUUAUUAGUGGUCUUCAUGAUUUGGACCAGUUGUGCUUUACAUUAAAUUUGGCAUCUGCAGCAGCUCAGUAGCAGGGUGUUAUGCUGCGUUGCAUUGCACUUACUGACUGUCUGGUAGGAAACGUUGCCAACAGUCACACUUAGUGUUGUGUGAUGGUCCUGCCACCCAGAGUGAGUUCAAUACUCCUGUUAAGUUUCCUGCAUUGAUUAAGAUUCUCAGUGGUGUCCCUCUUAAGACAGUCAUAGAAGGGUAAAUAUUCAGUGUCAUAUUGUCAUGUUGAUUGCUGUGAUAUUAUUUCAUCUGGCAAACACUGCGCUGUGUAGGAUGUCACUGUCAAUACUAUCUUGUGGUGGUGACGAGUCCAACAAUCACUGCUGAAGUGUUUGCAUUGUGGUGGUGGUGGCAGACUUGACCAUUAGCAGCAAGCAGGCAGAGGAGCAGAAUACCACAACUUGUCAAUGGGAAUUGACCCGAUGCAUGAUACCUUGCCUCCCAUGUGUGUGUGUUUGUGUGUGAGUGCAUGUAUGAGAAAGAAAAAGAGGUAUUUGUCUUUGUAGAGAAUGAGUAUCUUUACCAGGCAUUUACAUAUUUGAUUUGAGGAAGAGUUUUGCCAGAGAAAAACUAUGCAAGUAGCCUUAUAAGCAGUGAAUGCUAAUGAGACAUUGAAAAAAGAGUUUAUUGAAAUUCAAAUCUAUACAUACAUAUAUGAUUGCCUCUUUUAACCACUUUAUCACUUUGCAAUCAAUAUUUGAAUUUUUUUGUAAGUGUUCGGAUAUGUACGAUUUUAUACACAUAAUAUAUGGUGUUUUGUGUACUGUAAAAAGACACUUAUGCACUUUGUUGCUCACGUCUCCUUAUUUUACAUAGAGAGGAGUGUGUUAGUGCUGCUGGCGCAUCACCAGCACCCAGUCCACCAGUGCCCCUGCUGCCAAGGCCUCAGGCACUGGGGGCUGGGCACUGCUCCUGCUGAGGAGAACUGAGAGAAAAGGGAGGAUGUGGAGAAGGAUGAAAGAGGAUGAUUAUCGCUUUGCUUACUUAUGAAAAAACAAUAAUUACAGAAAGGAGAAUGCUUAUAUUUCUUCAUGACCAAGUUUCCAUUAUUUGGGUACAGAUCUUUAGACCCCCAAGACAUGUCAGAGGGAGGGGUCAUCAGCCAUCCUGAGCAACACUUAAAAAGUCCAGACAGAAGGUUUACAUAACCAUUCAAUACAUCAUUUUGUAUGAUUUUUUUUUUUUUAUGUUGCUAGACAGUAAAAGAGAAAAUAGCCUCAGAAGCAAGACAUGAUUUAUGUAAGUGAAGUAUUUCUUUAAGUGUUUGAUGAUGAAGGAAAAAUAAGAUAAAUAGUGCUGAUUUGCAGAAGGUUUGGCUUACCAUUUGUGGGGAGCAAGACAGAACCAAAACAGGCUCUGUGAAAAGUGAAUGUUUUUAGAAUAUUCUAUUCUGUUACAUUCAAAUUGGCCUGAAAAUUGUCUAAGGGACAUGACCUAAGAAGACGUUUGAUCUAAUUUAUUCAGAGGAUAUGGAAACCAGUCCCAAGCUUUUCAGUAGUGACUUCACCACAUUAGUUUGUUAUAUUAAAGGAAAACAACUGGAAAGGAUGCCCAGAGACCAUAGGACCUUUUGAGACUUCGAUAAAGGAUGAUGCUAAGACCUUCCAGGAGUCUGUUGUGACUGCCAAGUUAAUACAAAUUUUAAUGAAAUCCAUUGAAGUAAUUUUGUGGACUAAACACAAAAUGAUCCUAAAAAUUCAUAGAAACCUGAUGUUAGUGUCAUGCUGAUUUGGAAAUAUCUGUGAACCAUGUUCCUAAAUUGUGUUGAGAAAAAUUAACGAUACCAGAGAGUUAAGAGGCCCGUAAUUGUGUCAUAGGAAGCCGUUACUACUGCCGUGGCAAUGUAGAUCUUCACCCAGGACUGUGGCGAGAAGGACCGUCAAGGGAGCCAAGUGGAGCGGAGAGGAAGCAUGUCGUGGUCACGUUGGAUUGCUCAGCACUGUGUUACGUUCUUAUGAUAAAAAUGUUCUUCGUAAUCUACUCAUUGGUGCUUAAUUUUUUUCCUUUUAUACCCAGAUAAUUAUUAUUGUACAGAUUGUGUUAGGUGGACUGUACAGUUGCUUCUUAGUUUGGCUUUAUUUUAUUUUUUUUUCUAUCAUCAUCAGGAGAGAUUCUUCAUGUGGAUACAAAGAUAAUGUUGAUAGUUCCUUAAUAAAAGAUACAAGCGC